AUGGCCAACUCCCUCAAUCUCGAAGCGGUAUACUCCGCCCCUCAAGCUACUGAGACAUUCCAACACGCAAUUCCCUCCGACGGAGCCGACACCCUGGCCACAAAGCAAGCUCACCUCAAGGCCCUGCAAACACUCGUCCCCAAACUACAGGACCAGAUCAAUGUGUUCCUGACAGAGCGCAUGGAAGAAGACAAGAAAGCCCAAGGCCAGAUCUCUGCGCAGGAAGCCAAGGAGGAGGAAAAUUACGGAGAGGAAGUCGUUGAGGAUGAUGCAUGA